AUGCCAAAUUUAUUAUCAAGAAAUCCGUUUCAUACUCAUCAUUCAAGUGGAAACUUGAAUCAUGCCAAUAAUCAUCGCCAUGAUAAUGCAUCACCAACCACAUCAAGCACACACCAUCAUGACCAACAUCAUCAAGCACCCACUUUAAAAAGAAGCUCAAAAUCAUUCUUAAACUUCAUAAGUAGAAAGCCAAGUACCGAUUCCAUUAGAAGUGAGAAAUCAAAUGAUUCUACGUACAACUCACCGACCAGUACUCAUAACAAUCAUUCAGGUUAUCACACCGAUUUAGGUGGUCAAGCUUCACCAAAGCAAAGUCAUUCCAUGGCUGAAUUGAAAAGAUUCUUCAGACCUUCCAUGAACAAAAAACUUUCCAUGACUCAAAUGCAUACUUCAUCUCAUACAGGAACAAAUCAUUUUUCUCCACCCUCCUCUACAUCAACAUCUACUUUAAAUUUGAACGCUCAUUACGUCCAUAAUAACAAUAAUGUUUAUCCAUCUCAUCCACACGGUUCCACUGAUCAUCAUGCUCAUACCCAAUCAGCAAUACCUCCAAGUACAGACUCCAUCUUAUCAUUAUCAAAUAAUGUAAAUAUAUACCAUGAUGAUUCUAUCCUAGCUCAAAAAUACGGGAAAUUAGGAAAAUUAUUAGGUGCCGGAGCAGGUGGAUCAGUGAAAAUCUUAGUAAGACCAACAGACGGUGUCACAUUUGCGGUAAAAGAAUUCAGGCCAAGGAAACCGAAUGAAUCAGUGAAAGAAUAUGCUAAGAAAUGUACUGCCGAAUUUUGUAUCGGUUCCACUUUACAUCAUCCAAACAUUGUUGAAACUGUCGAUAUCUUCUCGGAUUCGAAACAGAAUAAAUAUUUCGAAGUUAUGCAAUAUUGUCCCGUGGAUUUUUUCGCUGUCGUUAUGACGGGUAAAAUGUCCCGUGGUGAAAUUAAUUGUUGUUUGAAACAAUUGUUAGAAGGUGUGAAGUAUUUGCAUUCAAUGGGGUUGGCUCAUCGUGAUCUGAAAUUGGAUAAUUGUGUCAUGACGGAAGAUGGGAUUUUGAAAUUGAUCGAUUUCGGGAGUGCUGUUGUAUUUAGAUACCCUUUUGAAAACGAAAUUUCAAUGGCUCAUGGGAUUGUUGGGAGUGAUCCAUAUUUGGCUCCGGAAGUUAUUACCUCUACGAAACGUUACGAUCCUCAAUGUGUAGAUAUCUGGUCCGUCGGGAUCAUUUAUUGUUGUAUGAUGUUGAAAAGAUUCCCUUGGAAGGCUCCUCGAGAUACCGAUGAAAAUUUCAGAUUAUAUUGUUUGGAAGAUGAUAUAGAACAUGAUUAUGUGCAGUCUGCUAAACAUCACGAACAACUAUUAAAGGAGAGGAAAACGAGACGUCAAAGAAUGCACGACGGUACUCAUGUAGAAGAAAAGGAGGAACAACAGCAGACAGAUGGUCAUCAAAACGCUUCUGGAUCCCCUGAUUGUAAAACGAACGAUGGACAACAGCAAACAGAGACAACGGCAAAAGAUAAUGCUCAAGAAGAAAUUCCAUCGAAAACUAUAAAAGCCAAACUAGAAGAAGAAAAAGGACAAAAAGAAGCCCCUCAUUCGCCGCUGCAGCCAAGACAAGAGCAAUCACCACCACCACCACCAAAGGAACAACUUGAUAAUGUUCAGCAACUCCCCACACCGCAGGUAAGCAAUACAAAAGCAGAAAAAGAUGUUCAAAGAAGCCCGCUGGUCAACGAAGUGGAACAAUGUCAAGGAACAACGGAGCAACCUAAUGUUCAACAUCAAGAGUCUGCAACAAAAUCAAUUGGUGCAGAUAGUCGUCAGCAAGGAAGUGAUCAAAAAUCAAUAAUGUCUCAUAAAACUACUGCAACUCAAAACCAUGGUCCACAUCCUCAUCAUAAGAAGACCAUUCAUGGUCCUUACCGUUUAUUACGUCUAUUGCCUCAUGCAUCAAGACCAAUAAUGUCAAGAAUUUUGGAAGUCAACCCAGAAAAGAGAGCUACUCUCGAGGAUAUUUUCAAUGAUGAAUGGUUCAAAGACAUCCCAGCUUGUACCAUGAAUGAAAAGAAACAAGUAAUAAGAGCUCCUGGUCAUCAUCAUACUGUGGUCAAAGAGGAAAAUGCUCAUUUAGCGACUUAUAAAGUUUAA